UCUAGCUUUUGGCUUCAAUUCGUUGCACAAUCAGUUGCGAUCAGCCAUAGCUUCAUAACUUCACACUGUGGCUACUUGCUGGUGUCAAAGAUACCUCAUCUGCAAAUUUCCGUCUCCAUAUACGAUAAUGUCAUACACAGUAUCUCGGAAAGAAGGUGACGAAGACUUCUUGCUUGUCGUAUCUGGCACUACACGUUAUGCUCCCUACUUGACUGGGUGGCAAGAAUUCAAGGAUCAUCUUCGCAAAGUGGUCAAAGAGCAGCCUGGGUGGGCUGAUGUAUACUCUAGUCAGGGUCAACGACGAGGCGAAAUACAGGGCUGGUGUCGACUCAAGGACAGGGAAGAUGCCGAUGCAGUCUACAAAGUCUACUACCGAUCUAAAGGCAUGCUGGUGCAUGUUUGGGAAACCAGCCGUAAGGGUGACGGUUACCGGUUGAUGCGCUGCAACUGCUCCACAUUAUUUCCGGAAGUACCGGAAGGAGGCCACUCGACUGGGCGUUGCGGCAUCGACAUCGGAAGAGUGCAUCAGCUGGGUGGCGGCCGAGCGAGUACCACUACGGUGUCAACGCCGUAUGGGGCCGGACAGUCCAGGUACCCGUAUGCGAUGCACCCGCAAAUGCAUGCCUAUUCCCCACAGCAACUAGCAUACGCCCCUGCCCCAGUUUACCCAGCUUAUGCGUUGCCGACAUCACCAGUCUACUCGACUAGUACGAAUGGAAUGCCAGUGAAUGUCCAGGGUGGAGCAGUUUUGACAGAAGCCCGCGGCAUUUUCAUUCGUAACUUGAGCUACAAGUGCACAUCAGAUGAUGUCAAUGCACUAUUGUUGCAGACGGUCGGUUACGCCAUUGAUAUACAACUUAUGAAGGACAGCAGGACUGGUGUCUUCAAGGGUGUGGCAACAGCCAAGUUUGCGUCGAAGGACCUGGCGCAACACGCGGCAAACACACUCAACGGACGAGAGCACAUGGGCAUGAUCUUGCAUGUACGCAUGGAUACGGAUACUACCGUGGUGGGGCGAGCCGAACCCAUGGUGGUCAAUGGGUCGUACAGAAAUUGGAUUCGGAGUCGCUUUGGCGAAUGA